UCAGAGCCCCGAUCAUCAAACACCACGCCGCGAUUCUCCUCCCAAAUACCCUCGAAAGCACUCCAAUCCUCGAAUCCGACCAUGUCUAUCUCCGCCUCUGCCCCAGGUCUAACAUUGACCGUCCUCGGCUGCGGCACGAUGGGCAUAGCUAUCCUUUCUGGGAUCAUGUCGUCCCUCUCAAAUCCUAAAUCGAGCGCCUCGACCUCCACCUCUGAGCCCCUCGAACGCCUCCCCAACAAGUUCAUCGCCUGCGACGCCCGCCAUGAGGCUGAGAAAACCGUUCGCGACGCUCUCAGCGAGCAUCCCUUCCCCCUCACCACCCUCACAAACCAGAAUCUGGAAGGCGCCAAGGCCGCAGAUGUGAUAUUGUUGUGCUGCAAGCCCCAGGGCUUCAAGGACAUCCUCGGCGAGCAGGGCAUGAAGGAGGCGCUAGCGGGGAAGCUCUUGAUUAGUAUCCUGGCAGGCGUUACGGGCCAGCAGAUUGAAGAGUUCCUGUACGGCACGGGGGAGAAGCCAACAGAUGCGUGCCGUAUUGUGCGCGUAAUGCCCAACACGGCCUCCUUCGUUCGCGAGAGCAUGUCCGUCAUUGCGACAUCUACGCCUGCUCUGGAGCCCAAGCAGCUGGAGCUUGUUAAGUGGAUUUUCAGUUCCAUUGGCCGCGUUGUUCAACUUCCACCAUCGUCUAUGGAUGUCUGCACUGCUCUUUGCGGGUCUGGUCCGGCUUUUGUUGCGAUAAUGCUCGAAGCGAUGGCAGAUGGAGCUGUUGCUAUGGGUCUACCACGUGCAGAGGCGCAAUUGAUGGCGGCGCAGGUAAUGCGUGGAACUACUGGCUUGGUGCUGAAUGGCGAGCACCCUGCAGUCCUCAAAGAUAAGGUCAGCACGCCGGGUGGUUGCACCAUUGGAGGACUAUUGGUGCUAGAGGAGGGAGCGGUGAGAGGAACUGUUGCGAGGGCUGUGAGAGAGGCAACGGUCGUUGCGAGCCAGCUCGGCCAGGGCGCUGUUAACGUCAAUGGGACCAGGAGGUAGGUGAAUUUCCGGAGCGCUAUAUACAUUCGUAGCGUUCACACGCUGACGAACUUCAUUUAGCCGCCUAUAAAAGCCGCUUCUAACCUGGGGGACGUUUGAUGAGUGAUGAAUACGGUUGAAGGGUUGCAUAGGCUGGCGUUUCUUGGAAGCAAAAUGAGGUUGUACUAGAUCGAG